GCUUCUUUGCGCUGAUUGGAUAGUAGGCAUGUCAAUCUCCUCGGUCAACGCAGCUAUCAACUUACUUUAUCACAGGUAAAGCGGCUUGACAGGCAGAGGGUGGGAUCAGGAGGUACUGUGCACCUGGAUUUCACAAAAAGAUCGCUUGGGUAUAGAAAUAAAAAGUCACGGGGGAGAAGCGCAGUUUAAUCGUUUUACGGGAUCUUUUAACUUAAGGAAAACGCCUUUAAGUUUUGCUUUUGAAGGAAAGUAAUGGCGAGCAUAGGGCUAUCUGUAAACGUGCCCAGUACAGAAGAAAGGGCUGUUUUUACCCAACUGAAACCGGUUAGGAUGUCCGAAGGGGAUGGCGCAGAGGACUCCUCUGUGUUCGAGGAAGUCAAGCCAGCGGGAAGAAGUACUUUGGAGCUGUCCCAGACCCGGUUAGAAAUGGAGAAGUACCUGCCCCAGACAGGCCCUCAGGCAAUGCAAGUCAUGAUGGACAAAAAGUACCGACGGGAGAGCGCCUCUGUGGUGGACGAGUAUUUUUCAGAGGAGAAGCUCACGCCGUACAGCGUCAACAUCAACUUGAUCCUGCCCAACACGACCCAUUUACGCACAGGCCUCUACCGCUCCAAGCCCGUCCUCCAGCAGAUCAAAACAGAGCCCGGGGUGGAUGUUCCCUGCUCCAUCCAGACCCUCCCCGACUUCACGUCCGUCUUCAGCGUGCCACAGACUGUCAACAGCCUAUUUGUCAAGCCCGACAUGACGACCGAUGAGAUGCACAUCGGACCUCAGCAACCCCCGGUCUACCAGCUACCGGUCAGCAGCAAUGACCUCACGAUGCCUCUGUCCAGCAGCCAAUCGGGAAGCAGCAACAGCAGAAGCAUGCACAACCUUAACAGCAUCACGCUGACAGCGGGCCCUGGCGGUUUUGUCAUGCCUGAGCAUUUCUAUCCAUCUCCACAGCCUCAUAGUCUACCUCCCUCUCCACCUAACUCUCAGCCCGGAAGUCCUGAGAACCAGGCCGAGCUCAUCAACACCAUCCCCCCCCCACCCCCCUACGAAGUCCGGCAAGGGAUAAAGAUGCCUGCGAUGCACCCGCAGUCGCUGCUGAUGACUCACGGACAGGGUGUCCUAACCGGGCCAAGGUACAACCGGAGGAACAACCCAGAACUGGAGAAGAGGAGGAUCCACCACUGUGAUUUCCCCGGUUGCACCAAGGUGUAUACAAAGAGCUCUCACCUCAAAGCCCACCAGAGGACACACACAGGGGAGAAGCCGUACCGCUGCACCUGGGAAGGCUGUGACUGGCGCUUCGCCCGCUCCGACGAGCUGACGCGGCACUACCGCAAGCACACCGGCGCCAAGCCCUUCAAGUGCAUCGCCUGCAGUCGCUGCUUCUCGCGCUCCGACCACCUUGCGCUGCACAUGAAGCGCCACCAGAACUAAGGGCAGGACGUCCCUCCUCCCGCCCGCUCGAAGGGUUGACUGACUACACUCCUGUUUUAUAGUUUUUUUUCUGCUUAAGAAGUCUUUCACCGGUUUUACCCACAGAGAUCAAAAUACAUGCAAAUAUGCUGCCAAUAUACAAGUAUCAAUUAAAAAAAAAAGGUAUGGGUUCUCCAGACGGGUACUGGAACCUCCAAAAAACUAUAUAUAUAUAUAUAGAUGUAUAUAUUUAGUUCAUUUAUUUUUGUCUUUAUGUAUGUGUGUGUUCCUUAAUAUUCAAAGAAUGUACUGGAACUUAAUACUUGACUUUUUUUUUUUUACUUUUCUGCUGUAAAAAUUUCAAAUCAAAAGUACCCCCC